AUGACCAUAAUUCAUAGGUUUAUCUCUUACUGUUAUUUAUGGUUACCAAAAUAAAUUAAGAAAUCAGUUUAAAAAACGCUAUUUUAGUAAUAGGAAAAUGGUUAGGUUUAUAAAGUAUGAAAUGUUUAAAAUCAUAGAUUGAAUUUUCCAAUGGAGAAGUAUAAAAGAUAAUAAAUUUUGAAAAUACAAUCAAUCAGAUUUAAUUUGUAGGAGUAAUGAUUAUUCUAAAAUAAUAUAGUCAUUCCAAGUUAUAAAAAAAGCAUUAGAUUUAAUAUUGAGGUUAGAAAAUAUGAUCCUUUUAAUUUUAUUAGCAAUUGUAUUAUCAGGAAAAACAUAUUAUCAAGAUUUUACUGAAUAAAUAAUAGUUUUUUAUUCUUUGACAUGCUAUUUUUUAGAUAAGUUAUAAUACUUAAUAAAUUUGCUCUUAAUUAGUCACAAACUUAUAAAGUAAUAAUCAAUAGUCAAUAAUUCUAAAUGCCGUAUAUUUUCGAAAUUCCCUAAUAUUUCUGAUGAAGAAAUUUAAUUUAUGGAAGAAAGGAAUUAAGAUUAUUUAGAGUAUAAUUAAUUAACAAUUUAGAUUCAAGUCUUAUAAAUCAAUCAGAUGGUCAGAGUUAUAACUUGGAGAUAUUGUAUGUUUAAAACGAGGAAGGCAAAGUCCAGCAGACCUUUUGAUUUUAGAUUCAAGUUAAGAAGAUCUUUUAGUGGAUUUCGAUGUACGCACUGCUUGUUCGUGUACUUUUGUCAAUAUUAAUCAUACAUCAAAAGGUAAUAUUAUGGAUUUCAUUACAAAACUUAAUGGAUAAAUAUCCUUUAGUAUUUAAGGAUCUCCUUUAGGAAGUAUUAAACUAAAAAAUGAUCCUAAAGCAACUUCUUUUAAUAAAAAAAAUAUGAUAAUGAAAGGAGAAAUUUUAGACAGAGUAGAUUGGCUUUUUGGAAUGGCUAUUAGAGUUGGAUAGGAUUGUUGCUAUGUUUAAACUAAUGUAAAUAAGUAAAAUUAUUCAUCAAAUAGUUGGAUAGUAAAAUUUCAAACCUAUAUAUGUUAUUUUUGUUGGAUUUUAUUUUCAAUUUGCUUUAUUUCUAACAUGAUUUAUUCAUCCUUUUUUUUAGAUGAAUAUUUUUUUAAAAGUCUAACAUACUGUCUAAUAAUAUUUCCAUAAAACUUAUUAUUAAUAGAAAAAAUUUGCUAUUUUUUUAUUAUUGUUUCAAAUAAUAAAGCUUUUGAAAAAUAAUAGUAAAAAUUAAAAAAUAAAGUUAAAGUCAAGAAAUAAUAAAAGUUAAGAGCUAAUGAUUAUCCUAUUAUUAUGAAAUCAUAAAAUGAUAGGAGAAUAUUAAUGCCAAUUGAAAAAUAUUUUAACUUGCCAUUAUUAACAUUUUAAAGUUCUACAAAAUUAUUAGGAUUCAAAUCUCAAAAUUAAUAAUAAACAGGAUUUAUGAUAUUAACUUCUCAAAAUGUUUUAGAUUUGAUUAAAACUGAUAUUAUUAUUUUAGAUGAUCCAAAAUUUUUAUUUAAAACAAAACCAAAAAUAGUAUAACUUGUUUAAAAUUUUAAAACAUAUCAUUUUAACUAUAAUAAAUUGAAAAAUUUAGUAAGAAAUGCUUCUCCAAAACAAAAAACAAAUUGUGAAAAACUAUUAAUAGACACAAAUAGAUAAUAAACAUAAGAUGAAAUGAAGACUUUAGAUAUUGAUCUUUUAAUUUCAGAAAAACGGGUUCCUGAUCUUAGGAAUUGUUCAGAUAUUUUAUUCAAUUCAAAUCAUAUAUAAAAAUUAGGGAACAUAAAAGAUAAAUAAUAAAGUGAUUAAAAAUAAAACGAUACAAAAUUAAAUAAUGGAUUGGGAAAGAAAAAAAGUGCAAGAUAUAUCUUUGAUUCAUCUUUUGUUAAGCAUUAAUAACCAAGUAAUUAAUAAUUUGAAAUCAGUAAGGACACAUCAAAUCAUAAUAUAUCUUAAUCUUUUUAAUCAUCUCAUAUUGGAUUGUAAAAAUCAAAAAGUUAAUUUAUGAGACCAGGAACAAUAAUAAAAUAAAAUCAAAGUUCUUAUCAAAUGUCAUAAAAAAAAAUAAAUGAUUUAAGUUCAGAUAGAAUUAUAGGUGAAACUUUAAAUGAAUAAGAUUUUAUUGAUAUACUUUAUAGCAAAGAUGAUAGAAUAUAUAAUGAAAUUUUAGUUAUGAUGCUAUUAACAAAUAGUGUAGUAAGUGUUUUUAAUGAAAAAUUAAAUAAGCUUGAAUUCAUCUUUGAAAAUCGAUAUGAUGAAUCUAUUCUUUAAUUUUGUGAAAUACUUGAUUAUAGUUUAAUUUGUUCAACUGAAUAAGAGAACAACAGACAAGAAUUUAAUACUAGAACACUUAUUAAAAAAGUAAUUUCAAUUGCUAAUGGUUCAAAAGUAUUCGAAAUUCUAACUUUUUUAGAGCCUACAGAAAAUAGGAAAAAGAUUUUAUCAGUAUUGGUAAGAGAUCCAGAAUCAUUCUUAUUAGAUGAAGGAGCGCUGUUAUACACACGAACUGAAACAAAUAAUUAGUAAGAAAAUAAAUAUCAUGAAAAUAUGUAAGAUAUGAGUUGGGAUGGAUUAAAAACAUUUUUAUAUUCAAAAAGAUAGUUAGGAUAAUCUUAAACUAAUGAUAUUUUAAAGAAGUUAUCAGCUAUUUCUGAAACUUAUGGUAAUAGGUCUUAAGAGAUAGAAAAACUAUUUAUUGAAUUAGAAUCUAAAAGUGAACCUUUUUUUUCUAUUGGAAUUACAUCAAUAAAAUAAAAAUAAUUAUAAAAUUCAUCUUAAGAACUCAUAUAAGAAUAAUUAAAUUAAGAAAGAAUCUAUUAAUCUUUAUAAAAUUAUAACAUCAAACUUUGUAUAAUUAUACCUGAAUCUUUAGAUGAUUUGAUGCUUUUUUUAAGAAAUUAUUCAAUUAUAUAAACAAAAGAAUAAAUUAUUGAAUUCAAAGAAAGAGAUGCCUAAUAAUUAUAAUAUAAGUUCAGAUAGCAUCUUUAAAAUAUUAUGUUAAAUGAUUAUGCUAAUUUUAUAAUUGUUAGUUCAGAAGCAUUUGACAUUAUUAUAAAAGAUGAAUAUUUAAAAUAUCAUUUCAUCUUUAUUUUUUAGUUCUCCUUAGGUUUAGGAGCUUAUUAGUUUACAAGUAAAUAAAAGGGAAAAUUAGCUAAAAUUUUAUAAUAAACAGAUUAAAAAAUUCUUAGUGUUGGUAAUUCUUAAGAUGAUGAAUAUCUCUUUAGUAAAUCCCAUUUAUCAAUUAGUUUAAAUAAACAAGAAUAAUAAGCAUCAACUCUAAAUUCUAAAUUUGUAACUUUAAGUAUUAAAUAAUUAUUAUAAAUGUUAUUUGUCAUAUGUCCAAGCUAAAUGCAAAAUUAUUUAGCAUUUUUAGAAUUACAAUUACAUAAAUGUUUAUUAAUAGGUUUGAUUAUUUUUAUUAGUUGUUUUUAAUUUGAAGAUAUUUCGCUAUUUUGGUUAAUAAUAUUUUUUUUUAUUCCAAGCAAUUUAUUAUCAUUUAUUUAAUAAUAUUUUUUAAUUUUUACUCCUAAUUAAGAAAGAAUUAAAUUUUAAUCUAGUUACAUUAGGAUAUUUUAAACAAUAAAAAAGAGAAGUAUAUUAAAAGGAAUUUUAGCAGUUUUUUUAAUAGUAAGUAUUGAUAUUGCUUAUUUGAUUCUAGCUGAAUAAUCUAUUUUAUUAAUAAUCAAUACAAAUGGUAAAAUUGAUUAAACAUCUAAAUCUGUAUUACUUUAUAUUGGCUUAGAACUAUUAGAUAAAUCUAAAAUAUUUUAUCAUAUAAUUAAAUAAUUCGAGAAUAUUUAUUCUAAGCUUCUGUAAAUUAUCAUAACUAUUUUUAUAUUGGCUUCAUUAACAAUUAGUUUUAUUUUAGUUUAAGCAUCUGAUGACAAUUAAUAAUUUAGAGAUGAAUUUAAUUAAUAAAAUUUUAUCUCUUUUAUUUUUAUGAGUGUUUUUUUGAUUGGACUGUCAUAUGUGUCUUAGGAAGUUUUGGAAAUUUUUUCAAUAUAAUUUAUUAUUCCAACUGAUCAAAUCUUUUUUGAAUAAAAUUACAAAACGAUAUGGGAAUUAAAAAAAAAAAUAUAUUCAAGUAGCUCAAUAAGUGAAGAAGAAGAGGAAAUUUUAUAAAUUUUUAAUUAAAAAGUUAAAAAAAUAGCAGAUUAACUUUUUGAAAAUAAAGAUAUAAUAGAUGAAAUAAUAAUAAAAUAAAUUAAAGGAGAUUAAGCAGUUGUUGAUGAAUUGGAUAAAUUUCAAGGAUUUCAAGAUUAAAAAACAGAGAAAGAUUUUUAAGAUUUUUUUAAACAAUAAAAUUGGCAUAAAUUUAAUAUAUUUUAUGCUUUUCUUUUUUAUGAUAUAUGUAUUCUAAUAAUGCAUUUAUAUCAAAUAUUUACUAGUCCUAUAUUUUCUUUAUCAAUUUUAUUAACUGUAUUAAUUUAAUUUAUCAUUUAACUUUGUAUAUCAAUUUUAUAAUUAAGAGUGAUAACUAAUAAAUAGAUUUAGUAAUAUUUUCAAUUAUUAUCAUUUAUUUUAAGAUUAAUUUUUAAGAUUUUGGUAGAUGUACUUUAUAUAGGAAAUUAAGAGAAUUUUGUUGGAUUUAUGUAUAAUAUUUAAUUUAUUCUUGCUUUUGCAGUAACAACUUAACCAAUAGUUCCAAUUUUAUUUUAUUUGAUAUUGCAAUUCUUAAUAUAUAUAAUAGAUUUGAUAACAAAUGGUUUUUCAAUGGAUUUUAUUGAUUACAAAGAAGUAGUAUUUAGCAUAACAAAAUUUGGUUUUAUAUUAAUAGAAAUCUCAUAUCCUAUAUUUGAUUAUGUUUAAAAAUGUUAAUUUUUACAGAGAUCAUCAUAUAUAUAUUAGAAUAGACUAAAUAUAGAAUAAAAGAAGAUAAACAAUAUUUUAGGAUUAUUGAUGCCUAGAUUUAUUUAGGAGAGAAUGAAUAAGGGUUAAAUUUAGAUUUAAUAAGAUUAAGGUGAUGUUACAAUAUUAUUUUGUGAUAUUUAUUAAUUUGAUAAGGUGAUUAAAUAUUAAUAAGAGAAUAUAUUAAAUUUUCUGGAUACACUUUAUAGAGCUUUUGAUUAAUUAUGUUAAACAUAUGAUUUAUAAAAGAUUGAAACAGUAGGUAAAACAUAUAUGGCAGCUGGUGGUUUAAGAGAUUAUGAUGCAGUGAUAAGUAUAAAAAUAUAUAAAAAUAUAUAGAUUAAAAAAAUGCUAAUAGUACAACAAGAGCUUUAGAAACAGCGAUAGCAAUGAUGGAAACUGUUAAAACAAUGAAAUAUGGUGAUAAUUAGGAUGUUAAAUUAAAGAUAGGAAUUCAUUAUGGUAGAGUAAUUGCUGGUGUAAUAGGAGUUCAUAAGCCAUAAUUUUCAUUGAUUGGAGAUACAGUUAAUACUACUAGUAGAGUUUGUAGUACUAGUGAAGCAGGUUUUAUUACAUUAAGUGAAUCAGCAUAUAAUAAUAUUAAGGAUUCUACUAAGUAUUAAUUUGAUUAAAAGGCAGUGGCUGCAAAAGGAAAAGGUAUGCUUUAAACUUUUAGAUUAAAUUUAUAAUAAAAAGAAAGAGAAUCUACAAGAGUAAUUUCAACUAAAUUAAUUAAAGAUAGUUAAGAAACAAAAAAAGAAUCUAGAGUUUAAAUAAUGCCAUUGAAAAUUCCAGAAAAUAAGAAAGCUCCAUCUAAGAAUUUAAUGAAAAGAGCUUCAGUAAUGAAUCCUAUAGGAUUGGCAAAUGAUCCUAAUAAAUCUCCUAUGAUAGUUCUUAGAUAAUUAUAAUAAUAAUUAUAAAACAAAAGAUCAUUAUAGGUUAUGAUUAAGAAAAAAUAAUCAAUUGAUCAUGAAACUAAAGAAUAAGAAAUUAAGCAACAAAAUUCUUCUAAAUCAAUAUCUAGUUCAAAUAUAGAUGUAAUUUAAUAAUAAUUAUUAUAAGAAUGAUAAUCAAUCCCAAAUUUAACAAUAACCGAAAGUUGCAAAUUCUAAUUCUAAAAUGAGAAGUAGUAUACUCUAUUUUUAAAGACCAAUUAGAAGAGGAAAUGAAGAUGGAGUUAUAUAACAUUAUCCAUCUACUUUACAAUAAUUUUCAAUGACUCAAUUUCAACAAUAAUCAGAUAAUCGCAUUUAACCAUCCUCAAAUUAAAUUUCUUCUUCUUAAAAUUAAUAAAGUUCUGGAAUAUAACCUUAGAAUAGUUCAUUAUAGUAAAAUUCAUCAAAUUAAUUGGUAUAAAUUUUAGAAUAACCAAACAAAGAGAAUAUAAAAUAAGUGAAAAUUAUAGAUGAAGUAUAAAAUUAAUAAUAACCAAAUUAAUAACCUUAAAGAGGAUAACUCAAAAAAAAAGGAACAAUUAUAAUGGCUGAUUUAGUUAAUAAGAAAAAAAUGAUGAAAUCUAAUACCAAAAUUAUCUUGCCAGAAGAUAAAGAAAGACCUAGUAAAGUAAUUUAAAAAGAAUCUGAAAAUUAGUUUGAAGGAAUUGGAAAUAAACAAUUCUAAAACUAAAAAUCAAUGAAACCAGGUAUUUUUGAAGCUUCAGAUACUUUUAUUAAAAAAGAUAAUGAUUUUUUUGACAAUUUAGAUGAAAUUGAAAUCAAUAAAAAAUAAAGUAUUUCAAAACUUCAACAAAAAUUAGAUUUAAUUAAAUUGAAAAAUAUUAAAAAAUUCAAAUUGGAUUUUGAUAAGGAUUAUAAUUAUGAAUUAGAUAAAAGCUAAUAUGAUAGCAAAGAUCAUUCAUUAUAUUAUUAGAUUUAUGAAGAAUAUAAUCUCUAAGAAUUGAUCUAAUUUAGAAAAACAUUUAUAUUUUUACUUAUAUUAAUGAUUUGUAAAGGACUACUUUAUUUUUUAUUAGAUGAUUUAAAUUCUUCUAGUAAAAUAGAACUAUUAAUUACUAUAUUAUGUUAAUUAAUUGUUAGUAUAAUAAUUUUAGUGCCUUUUUUAAAAUUAUAAGAUGUAAAAGAUUUUUAAAAAGCUAAAAUAUUAGGUUUAGUAUAUUUUAUAAGUAUAAAUUCAUUUAACAUUUUAAUUAUUUAUUUUGUUGGUGAAUAAAAAUUUGAAAUAAUAUUAUAAGCGUGUUAGAUAACUUCAAUAUAUAUAAAUCUAUUCCAUUAAUAGCUUUUUAUUUUGAAAGACAAAUAGUAUUUAUAAAUAAUUUACUUUAUACUAUUAAUCUUAAUAAUAGUUUAUAAAUAGUAUAUAUUGGAAAUAGUAUUUUUUAUAAUUAGUACUGAUGGAUUGACAUAUUAUCAGGAACGUUAAGUAAAUGAAAUUCUUGUUAAAAAUUAUAGAGUGAGUCAAUAAUUAUAAACUCAGAUUUCAAAAUAUGAGAACAUGUUAUAAUAUUUGAUGCCUCCUCAUGCAUUAAAAAGAUUAUUAUAACCAGAAUCAGAUAAGACAGAGACAUUUAUAGAUGUUUUUGAUGAUGCAACAGUUUUAUAUGCAGAUAUUGCUGGUUUUACUAAAUAUUCUAGUUCUGUUUAACCUGAAACUGUAGUUGAAAUGCUUAGAAACUUAUUUCAAUCUUUUGAUUUAUAUUGUCAAAUGGCAUAAAUAUACAAAUUGUUUACAAUAGGAGAUUGUUAUGUAUGUAUGGGAGUACUGGAUUAUACUAAAAGAGAUCCAGCUGAAGAAGUAUUAAUUAUAAUCUAUUUAGGCAUAAAAAGUAUUAGCCUUUGGUUUAAAAAUGAUAUAGAUAAUAAAUGAUGUCAAUAAAGAUCCAUAAUAUUAACAUUUGAAUAUGAGAAUUGGAGUACAUACUGGUAGAGUACUUGGAGGAGUUGUAGGAACAGAUGUUGUUAGAUAUGAUAUAUAUGGUGAAGAUGUUACUAUUGCUAAUUUGAUGGAAUCAUCAGGAUCUGUAAAAUAUUUAAUUUAAUUUUAGGAAGGAAAAAUGUUAAUUAGUGAUUAUACAAAGAAUUUAGUUGAAUCUGAAUAUGAUGACUUUAAAUUUGAAUAUGCAAAAGAUGUUUAUAUACAAUCAAAAGAUAUUACAAUCCCAACUUUUUUUGUCUCACUUAAUGAUUCAGAUUGUUGCGAAGAAGGCUGA